AUGGUGCUGGACCGCUUUGCGAAGAGCGGCGAGGAGGCGAAGGACACCAGCUUUUGUUCCAAGACGGCUGACUGGACGUACAACACAGGCGGCGGGUACUGCGGCGGCACCAUCCAGGGCAUCACCGAGAAGUUGGAUUACAUCCAGGGUAUGGGCUUCGACUGCGUGUGGAUCACCCCGGUGGUACACUCCAACAGCUACAUGGGCUACGAUGCUCACAACCUCUUUGAGAUCAACCCGAGCUUCGGAACCAAGGAGGAUCUGCAGCAGCUCUCCGACAGCCUCCACGAGCGCAACAUGUGCCUCGUGGUGGACAUCGUGCUGAACCACAUGCGUUCGCUCUUCGUGAACCAGAAGCUCAACAUCUCCUCGGUGGUGCCUUUUAAUGACCCCAGUUAUUACCAUCAGCGCGACCGCAAGGAAGGCCAGUCCUUUGAGGACUAUGUGAAGAGUGGCCCGCCGCCUGCCUUCGACGGCAGCAAGGACAGCCGGAACCUAAAAGAGCUCACUGAGAAGGGCCACGCGCGCUGCGGCCCUGAAAACUGGGAGCAGACGGAAUGUGCCUGCUUUCCUGGCAACAGUGGUGUUAACUGCCCCUCCUACAAUGCCCAGCAGCAGGUGGAGGGAUGGUUCGGAUCCCUCGGGGACUUGAACCACAGCCAUCCCUUUGUGCGGGAGCAGCUUCUGAAGUAUGUCUCCGGCCUCGUGAAGGAUUACCACAUCGACGGAUUCCGGCUGGACACUGCCAUUUACAUCGACAAGGGCUUCCUGAGCGAAGUGCAGGACGCAGCGGGCGUCGAGAUCCUUGGGGAGGCCACGGUGAACAACUUGACCUACCAGAGCUUCCUAAUGCGCGGGGAGCGGGAGGAGCGGGUCCUGUCCGGUCUCCUGAACUUUCCACCCUUCUACCAGGUGCCAGAGGCCUUCUGCGGCUACAUCAUGGGCGGGGACUUCGGGGACUACUCGGCCCAGGGCACCUGGAAGAAGCGGCCCAACAUGAAGGGCCUGGGCCUUGUCAUGUCCAACCAGCAGGACAGCGCCUAUGAGAACUCGGAUCUGCUUGGGAACUUUGUGGACAACCACGACGAGUUCGCGCGUAUCGCCCACUAUUGCAAGUUCGACCAGCAGCGCAUCCGUCAUGCACUGACCUGGGUCAUGUUCACGCAGGGUAUCCCCAUCGUGUACUACGGCACCGAGCAAUCUCUGUCCGGGCACCAGACGAAGGUGAACAACCCAGGCCAGGACGCGCUGCGGGAGUCCAUGUGGCAGACGGGCUACGAUACAACAGCCCCGCUGUACAGGUUCUUGGCGCAGCUGAACAAGGUGCGGAAGAGCUUGCAGAUGGGCACUGGCGAGAGCGACGUGAAGAACUACGACUCGCAUUCCAUGAUCUUCACUCGGGAUGCCAAGGGCGGGCAGAAGGCCUGGGUCUUCGUGAACAACAUGGCCAACUCCACGGCGGGAGGGAUCCGCUACUGCCCCGGGCCGCUGCCCGGGAUCGAAGGCCAGGCGUGGCACAACGCCCUCAGCGGGGCCUCGAUGGAGCGACACUUGGCCGACGGCUGCUUCGAAGCGCCGGACCAGGAGCCCAAGGUGCUGCAUUUGCAGCAGAUGGAGGACUCGCCACUCGCAUGGAGGCUUUGA